CAUUCGGGCCCGACGGGGCCGGGAGGUCAGUAGGAAGCCUUCGGCUAGUGGCGAGAGAGGACCCAGGUGUCCGGCCGGGCAGGGGUCUCCGCAGGAGUUGCGCAAAAGUAGGGUCCCCAGGGCUCAGAGCAGCUGGAGAUGGGUACCGAGAAAGAAAUCCCGGAACCGGACUGCCAGAAACAGUUCCAGGCCGCAGUCAGAGUCAUUCAGAACCUGCCCAAGAACAACAGUUAUUACCGCCCCUCCUAUGAAGAGAUGCUUCGAUUCUACAGCUACUACAAGCAGGCUACCAUGGGGCCCUGCCUGGUUCCCCGGCCUGGGUUCUGGGACCCCAUUGGACGAUAUAAGUGGGAUGCCUGGAACAGCCUGGGCAAGAUGAGUAGGGAGGAGGCCAUGUUUGCCUACAUCACUGAGAUGAAGGUGGUGGCACAGAAGGUGAUCGACACAGUGCCCCUGGGUGAGGUGGCAGACGACAUGUUUGGUUACUUUGAGCCCCUGUACCAGGUGAUCCCUGACAUGCCGAGACCCCCGGAAACCUUUCUGCAAAGGGUCACAGGUCUUGAAGAGCAGGUACUGAAUGGAGAUACUGGGACUACCCCAGAGUCUCCCUGCCUUCCCAAGGAACCAGCACCCCCAAGCCCAGAGUCUCAGCCACCCAGGGACCCGGACCCCGAGGUUUUCUGUGAUUCCCUGGAGCAGCUGGAGCCUGAGCUGCAGGUUUGGGCAGAGCAGAAGGGCGCACCUGGAGGAGAGCCUGACACCAGAAACCGCCCUGUGCCCCCAACAGGGAAAGAGGGGUUCAGAGGCAGCCUGCCGGGGCCCCAGGAAUUGGACUCGUGGCUGGUGGGGACAGUUCGAGCACUGCAGGAGAGCAUGCGGGAUGUCCAGGGGAGACUGCAAAGCCUGGAGAGCAUGCCUGCCCCCUGCAAGGAGCAGCGGCCCCCAUCCCGAGCUCGGCCUUGGCCCCUCAGGCUCUCCGGCCCUACGCUGCUCUUCUUCCUCCUGUGGCCCUUCAUUGUCCAGUGGCUCGUCAGGCAGUUUCGGACCCUGAAGAGGUGAUUCUCAGUGGAGGAGUCUGCAGCCAACGGAGGAGGCUGUGUGCCCCCAGUCCUGCUGUGCCCGGAGCCUUCCUAGGGUUUAAGAGAAGAGCACUAACCCCACCCACCACCACUAACAACCAGUGUUUGCCUCGGCACCCCUCCCCCAAUGGGGAGCACGGCAAAUGAGACCCCUCCUUUCCCAGCAGCUUCACGGGGAUGCUUCGUCCACCUCCCACCCCUCGAACCACCCCCGGUUUCCUGGGAAGGUUGCAGUUGCAGUGCACGUCCCGGGUUUGGGGUUGGCCGGUGACUCGGGGCGGGGCUGCCGAGUCUCCGCUUCGGCCCUCCCCAAGCCCUGGGUCACCUGACUUCUCCCCAACCCAGCCUCUCCCCGAGGAGGCUCAGCUGUCGGGCAGGUUGGGACCGGGGCCGGGGCCGGGGAUUGGUUGGCUGGGAGGCUUCGGGAGGGAGGCCCCGCCAAGUUGGGGGCCGGCGGAGAGCAGGCCCCCGGGAGGGGCGAGAGCUGCGUUUGCUAGCCUUCCCCUCCCCACGCACACUCAGGUCGUCUUCACCGAAGAUCCACUUACAAAUGAAUGUUUCACUAAAUAAAAUAAAACAAUCUU